UGACCCCUCCCUGACUGUUCUGACUUCCAGAUCGUCGCGCAGAAGAAGAUGACCCGCGCUCUGCUGCUCAAGUUCGGCAGGAACGCCGGCAAGUCCACCAUCACGGUGAUCGCUGAGGACAUCUCCGGGAACAAUGGCUACGUGGAGCUCUCCUUCAGGGCCCGGAAGCUGGAUGACAAGGACCUCUUCAGCAAGUCGGACCCCUUCCUGGAGCUCUACCGGGUCAAUGAUGAUCAGAGCGAGCAGCUGGUGUACCGGACAGAGGUGGUGAAGAACAACCUCAGCCCUGUGUGGGAGCCUUUCAAGGUGUCCCUGAGCAAUCUGUGCAGCUGUGAGGAGACGCGGCCUCUGAAGUGCCUCAUCUGGGAUUAUGACUCCCGCGGAAAGCACGACUUCAUCGGGGAAUUCUCCACCACCUUUGAGGAGAUGCAGAAAGCUUUCGGGGAGGACCAGGCCCAGUGGGACUGCGUGAAUGCCAAAUACAAGCAGAAGAAGCGUCAUUACAAGAACUCUGGGGUGGUCAUCCUGGCAGACCUGAAGUUCUACAGGGUUCACUCGUUCCUGGACUACAUCAUGGGUGGCUGUCAGAUCCACUUCACGGUGGCCAUCGACUUCACGGCCUCCAAUGGUGACCCCCGGAACAGCUGCUCUCUGCACUAUAUCAACCCCUUCCAGCCCAACGAGUACCUGCAGGCUCUGGUGGCCGUGGGGGAGAUCUGCCAGGACUAUGACAGCGACAAGAGGUUUUCUGCUUUGGGGUUUGGAGCCCGAAUCCCUCCCAAGUAUGAGGUGUCCCAUGACUUUGCCAUCAACUUCAACCCUGAGGACGAUGAGUGUGAAGGAAUCCAGGGUGUGGUGGAGGCCUACCAGAACUGCCUGCCCAGGGUCCAGCUCUACGGUCCCACCAACGUGGCCCCCAUCAUUUCCAAGGUGGCCCGCAUGGCCGCGGCCGAGGAACACACUGGGGAGGCCUCCCAAUACUACAUUCUGCUGGUCCUGACCGAUGGUGUGGUGACCGACAUGGCUGAGACACGGGAGGCCAUUGUGCGUGCCUCCCACCUGCCCAUGUCCAUCAUCAUCGUGGGGGUGGGCAACGCCGACUUCACGGAUAUGCAGACCCUGGACGGGGACGACGGCAUCCUGCGCUCCCCGCGGGGCGAGCCAGCUCUCCGAGACAUUGUGCAGUUCGUGCCCUUCCGGGAGCUCAAGAGCGCGUCCCCGGCAGCGCUGGCCAAGUGCGUGCUGGCCGAGGUGCCCAGGCAGCUGGUGGAGUACUACAGCUACAAGGAGCUGCCCCCGAGAGGCGACAGCGCCCACGCCCGAGAGGCCGGCCCCCCCGAGAGGGCCGGGCAGCCAGGAGUGCGGCCAGUCUCUGUCUCCAGCACCCUCGAGGUCCCUUAGGCCCCCCGCCUUCCAGAGCCCUCCUGUGCCCACCCGGCCCGCCCCUGUCGUCCUGUGAGCCUGCUGCCUAGGCCAGCCCUCCGGGACCCCCAAGGUUGAAGGAUGAACAAAUCCAGGCCUGGGGAUCCCUGGAACAGGAGCUGAAGGUGUGGGGGUGCUGGUGGUAGCCCCCCAUGCCUGGCCCUGCCUCCGCCAGGCCGGUGUAGAAUGGUGGGGGGCACGGACUCCUGAGAGAGCAGGAGGCCUGGCAGCUCAGCCCCAAAUGAAGGGAAGUUUAGGGAUUGGGGGAUUUCUGCUUUGCACCCGAUCUUCACUGAGGAGGGGCCCACAGGCUGCCUUCCAGUUGUGGAGAAAACCCCAAGAUGCCCCCAGACCCCCGAUCCACAGUCAAGAUUCCUCUUUGCUCCCUGCCUUCCUCCCUGCUCACUGCUCACUCCCACCUCCGCACCCAGGUUUAUGGGGUCUGCAGGUGGGGGCUGAGCAUAAUAAAGUGUCAUCCUGUCCUCGAA